UGAGAACACUGCCAGCAGGCGCUCGGGACAUGUACGUGGAAAGACCUAUAUUUGUUCCGUAACGUUAUACGACCACGACGUCAUCGCCACGUCUCUUCGCAGAUGCCUGUUGCUUUCGCUCGCACAGAAAUAAGUAGUGCUGUGGGUCGGCAGUGGAUUCUGAUACGGAAGUAGCGUCUGUGCUACGUUUUCGUGUCUGUGUGUGUGUAAGCCACCGUGUGAUACGUUUGAGGACUCGCACAUGUAUCACCGGCGAUUCGUGAGAAAGGCGCCCGCAGAAACCCGCUGCAGUUGGUUGCUGCGUUGCGCCGCGUUUCUCGCUUGCACGUGGGUCGUUGGCGCACACGUAGACUCGACUUUGCACGGCGCUCCGAAACCGUCCAGCGCAGCGGUGGCUGAGCUGCACCACAGGUGGUCCACUGCGGAAGUGGUCCGGGACCUUGAGCACAUUAAAGAAGACGUGGCAAAAAUAAUUCAGCUUCAGAGUACGGGAGAGCUGUCCACAGAAGAAAUGUACUUUUAUUAUUUUAGGAUGCACGAUUUCGACGACAACAAUUUGCUGGACGGCCACGAGCUGAAAGCCGCGAUGUUGCACACUAUUGCCCACCGCCCUGGUGCUGAGGAGCACUCAGUGCCCGAAGAAUCUAUCGCAGGUUACGUGGACGCCGCGUUGAAGUCGGACGCAAAUCAGGACGGCUUCAUUUCGUACCCGGAAAUAAGAGCGGUCAUGUAGUCAGUCGCGCACGUUGUUCGUGCACACACUGAAGCAUCGUCAUUCACUAGCAACGUCAGUAAAGCACCAUUGAAACUCCCUG